AUGGAGGCCAUGGACGUCAAGUACAGGCCGGCCCUCUACCCCAACGGCUCCGUCAAGAAGCUCCGGCAGGCGGCGCCCGUGCCGCCGCCGCCGCCAGCGGCGGUGGAGGCCGUGCCCACGUACAAGGAGUGCCUCAAGAACCACGCGGCGGCCAUCGGCGCGCACGCCGUGGACGGCUGCGGCGAGUGGAUGCCGGUGGUGGAGCUCAACACCGCCGACCCGGCCUCGUACAAGUGCGCGGCCUGCGGCUGCCACCGCAACUUCCACCGCCUUGUGAUGGUGGAGGGGUCGCCGCCGCCACCGCCCCCGCCCCCGCCGGCCCUGCUGCCGGCGCCGCCCAUGCCCAUGCCCAUGCCCAUGCCGGCCACCGUGCUCCAUGGCCUGCCGCAGCGCGGGCACGGGCAGGAGACGCCGGAUGACCGGCUCCCGGGCGUCGACGGAGACGACUCUGACUCCGACUCGGAUGGCUCCGAGUACGACGACGAGCGCUCCGUCUCCCCGCCCCAGCACCCUCCACCCGCGCACCUUCCGGCUCCGGUGGCGCAGCAGCCGCCGCCGCCGUAUAUCUCUUCUGCGCCACACCCACACAUGCUGCUGUCUCUCAACUCCAGCGCGCCGGGGGCGCCGCAGGGCCAGAGCAGGCUCCCCGCCCAGCUCUCGCCGGCGACGGCGCCACCGCCCCACGGGAUGAUGCCGGCCAGGAAGCGGUUCCGCACCAAGUUCACCGCGGAGCAGAAGCAGCGGAUGCAGGAGCUGUCGGAGCGCCUGGGGUGGCGCCUGCAGAAGCGCGACGAGGGCGUGGUCGACGAGUGGUGCCGGGACAUCGGCGUCAGCAAGGGCGUCUUCAAGGUCUGGAUGCACAACAACAAGCACAACUACCUCGGCGGCCACAGCGCGCGCCGCAGCGCCUCAGCCGCGGCCUCCUCCGCCGCGACCACCCCCACCGCCCCUGCCGCCGGCGGGCCAUUCCGUCUCUCGCCGGCCACCGGCGCACCAGCACCAGCGCCAUUCAACCCCUCCGUUAGCCACAGCUCCCCGGCCCCCACCACCACGGGCUUCAACAUGAACGGUACCGCCUCCUCCGCCUCCACCGCCACCACCACCGCCACGCCCAGCCCCAUCUUCGCCGCCGGCCACAAGCUGAACGGAGCCUCAUCGCCGCAGUCGGCGUGA